GAAUUCAUUUGAGCUCUGUGUUGCUUAGUCUGGCAAGAGCUGCCUCUUCAAUAUGAGGUUCCUACUACUAUGUCCUGCAGCUUUGCUCCUACUGACCGUUCCGGCCAAAACUAUACCAACUGAUUCUUUGCCAACUCCUUCCACCAGUGGCGAACCUAAAAGCAGUAGUCCCCCACCUACUGAGAGUACACCAGGUGAACCUUUUCCACAGACUGUAAGUCUGCAAGAUAUCGCAGAGGCACGGGCCGAAAGCAAGGCCUUAAAUGAAGAAAAUAGGAGUCUGGAGAAAACAUUACUUUCGACUCAAUCCAAACUCAAUGACCUCGGUUUGCAGAGGGACGCCCUAACUCUCGAACUAUCGGAGAUCAGACAAAAGAUCCGGAAGGCGCAAGACAAGCUGAAUACGGAGGAGCCGCUGGAGGGGAAAUGUAAACCUACCGAUUCGGAGCUUGCUAAACAGAUCGACGAGGAGACUACUAAGCAGUUGGAUGAGCGAAAAGCAAGAAUUAAGCGUUUCUACGAAAAGAAGUAUGAAAAAGUUCUCAAAGAGCUGCGCCUGAAGAUCAGAAGGGAAUUGGAACUUUUAUAUGACCCCCCAUAAAUUAUCCCCGCGUCCAACCAUCGGUAUCAAUGUUAAAAUAAAAAGAAAAUUUAUUUACUGAGUUAUAUUCAAAA